AUGCGCUACUCAACCCCGAUCAUCUCUCUCGCAGUGUCUCUUGUUCACCUUGCCACAGCCCAACUGGGCUCCGACGACACCAUCUGCGAAUUUCUCUACGGCACUGACUAUACGGACGCAUGCUGCCACACCGUCAUCAGCCGCGGUGUGAACGCGCUCUGUACCGAUAUAGAGUACGUUAGCAACCUGACUGAUUGCUCGUCCAACCACUUUCCCACUGGAUGGGCUGUUUGUGUUGAAAAGGAAUACUCAGAUUCUGGCCCGCUAUUUGGUCACGGACCAAGUGGUAUCGUCACGUCAGAGAUGACUAUGGAUCAGUUGAUCCAGGUAUACUGGGAUUACUUUAGCUCCAAUGCCAUGCGUGAAAGUCUGGCUAAGGCGGUUGCUCAAAGGCAGACUUGA